UUUCAGUUUUAUCUUCUCGCUUUUAAUUUGUUUUGUCUUCAAUGGUUAAAUAAGUAUUUAUCGUGCUUAUGCAAGAAAAGUUCUUAUAUCAAAACUGAUAUGAAAUGUACCACAGCUUCCGCAAUACGGGGGAGUACCGACAUGAGUAAUUCAGAAAUCACGUGACCACUGUCCUCUAGCAACAAAGGGGGUUUUCACGUUCUUUAUUGUGAAAGCAAGCACGAAAGCAUUGAACUGGUGUCAUUUCUCAAUGGUGUCAAUUCGUUCAGUGUCUCACAAAACAUUACAGAACAAAGAAGGCACCAACAAAAUAUUUACUUUAAAAUGUGACUCGUUAAUAGUAAUAAUAAGAAAAUAGUGAAUUUAGUGCAAUGUCGACUCCAACAACAUCUCCUUUUCUAAUUAAUGACGCUGUCAGUGAGACCAGCAGUCUGAAUGACAGUCGAGAUCGAGAUGACAGAGAAAGACUCCUUAAGUCUAGAAAUACACCUCGAAAUAAUUUCCCAUCAUAUGCACAUGAUAGUGUCAAUGUCAGGUUUCGGAAUGUAAGCUCAGGAAAUUCCAGCUACGGUUUUAACAGUAUUAUCGAAAGUCUUUCUAAUCGUCAGAAUAGAAGACUAAAUACCGGAGAAAUACAUCCAGGAGGAACAAAUUUUCUUUCUACAAAAUACGAGAGUCUCGACUACGAUCCGUGUGAAAAUAAUUUGCUUUUAGACGAGGAAAGGAAUAAGGGGUAUAAGUUCAUAAUUAGAAAGAAAUUAGCGAGAUGGUUUAUCUUCCUUCUAAUAGGAAUUUUCACAGCCCUAAUCGCCUGCUAUGUCGACAUUUCGAUAGAAGAACUAUCGCAUGUAAAAUAUAAAUUAUUGCAAAAAUAUGUAAAUAAGUGUGCAGUAGAAAAUUGUCUAAUAGUGCCAUACAUAUUAUGGCUAGUUAUAAAUAUAGCUGUGGUCCUAAUAGGAGCACUUUUAGUAACAUACGUAGAACCAGUGGCGGCCGGAAGUGGCAUUCCUCAAGUAAAAUGUUAUUUAAACGGAAUCAAAGUUCCACGAGUAGUGCGGAUCAAAACUCUGGCUGUGAAAAUUAUAGGAGUUAUAACAACAGUUGUUGGAGGUCUAGCCGGUGGAAAGGAAGGACCAAUGAUUCACUCUGGAGCAGUCGUUGCUGCUGGAAUAUCUCAAGGGAAGAGCACGAGUUUUAAUAAAGAUUUCGGAUUCUUCCAGUAUUUUAGAGAGGAUCAUGAAAAAAGAGAUUUUGUUUCUGGAGGUGCAGCUUGUGGAGUUGCUGCUGCCUUUGGUGCACCAAUUGGUGGGGUUCUCUUUAGUAUCGAGGAAGGCACCAGCUUCUUCAAUCAAAGUUUGACAUGGAGGACAUUUUUUGCGAGUAUGAUUACUACUUUCACGUUGAAUGUUGUUCUAAGUGCCUAUCGCGAAGGCCAUUUUGGUGAUCUUUCCAAUCCGGGACUCUUGAAUUUCGGAAAAUUUGAAACUAUAAAUUAUCAAAUUUACGAAAUUCCACUCUUCAUGUUGAUGGGAAUGAUUGGAGGUCUUCUGGGAGCACUGUGGAAUCACGUAAAUUACAAAAUCUCUUGCUUCAGAAUGAAAUGCAUAAAAAAAAGGUGGGUGAAAGUCCUGGAAGCUCUGGCUGUAGCCGCAAUGGGUACCACAAUGGGGUUUCUAAUGAUAUUCUGGAGUAAUGAUUGUCAAGUUGUUGAAAAUGGUCGUAAUGAUUCGAUCCAAUUAUUUUGUGAGGAUGGAAAGUACAAUGUUGCUGCUGACUUGUGGUUUCACACACCUGAGAAAACCGUUCAGUCUCUUUUGCACGAUGCUCCAGGAAAAUAUAACGCUCUAACGCUGUUUAUAUUCGUUAUACUUUACUUUUUCUUGGCGGCCUUCACUUUUGGUCUUUCGAUGUCGAGUGGAUUAUUUAUUCCGUCGCUUUUAAUUGGUGCUGGAUGGGGUAGAUUAAUGGGUUCUGGUCUUAACCACAUCCUUCCAUCAAUGAAUUUGGAUCCUGGAAGAUAUGCAUUGCUCGGUGCUGCUGCACAAUUAGGAGGAGUCGUCCGAAUGACAAUCAGUUUAACGGCCAUUUUAAUAGAAGCCACGCAAGGAAUAGCUUUCGGCCUACCGAUUAUUAUUGUUCUAAUAAUGGCAAAAUGGGUAGCUGACUUCUUCAACGAGGGAAUUUACGAAAUCCAUACACAAAUGGCAGGAGUGCCUUUCCUCGCUUGGGAAGCGCCUCCCUUAACAAACAACAUAUACGCUCAUGAAAUAAUGAGCCACCCAGUUGUCUCUUUUAAAAUGGUUGAAAAUGUGGGGCACAUUAUCGAGGUUCUACGAUGCGUUACAUUUAAUGGAUUUCCUGUCGUUGAUCCACCAACCACAGACCAGGAUGAAAUCAACUGCUAUGGCCGUUUUCGUGGAUUGAUUUUGCGAUCGCAGUUGAUAGUUAUUUUACAAAACAAAAUUUUCAACGAAUACGCGGAUAACUGGGAGGAUCGCAUCGAUAUUAAAACAUUCCGUUCUGCUUAUCCGAGAUAUCCAACCAUAGAUGAAGUUGAUAUAACUGACGAUGAAAAAACGUACAUGGUAGACUUAAGGCCUUUCAUGAAUCCUUCUCCCUACACUUUACAACAUUCUGCGUCACUGCCACGAACCUUUAGACUUUUUAGGGCCCUGGGCCUUCGACAUUUGCCUGUUUUAAACGAUACAAAUGAGGUAGUUGGUAUGAUAACGCGAAAGGAUGUAGCUAGGUACAGAAUAUGGAGACAUCUAGGCAAAAUGGGAUUGGAAGAACUUUUAAUAACCGACAAAGAGCCGUCUUAAAGAAAUACCAACGAAAUUUGUCGUGGAAGUUUUCUGCCUUCCAUUCGUUUUU